CUGCAUGUGGUUUAACACUGCAUAGUGAGUUUAGUGUAGAUGUUAUUGUAGUGUAACAGCCACAUUAGUAGCUUUGUUCACCUGUUGUGUUUGUAUUAGGUCUGUUGGAUGAAACAUGAGCUUAGACUAAAAUUGCAAUGCAUACAUUUUUACUAUGUGUGACAGAUUGAUGACAGAUUAUUGAUUAAGGUGAGUGUUUCGACGGGAUUUCCCAAAACCUGAUUAAAGACAGACUAGGACUAAUGUGAACGAUCAAGGGUACAGCUGAAUUCAAACAUGUGGUUAAUGAUUUUUAGUAGAUGUAUGUUGACAGAGGGCAUGUCUCACUCACAGCACAGUUGUAAAGCAAACACAUUGGUAAUGUUUUGUUUUUGAAGGUACUUCUAUGGAAUUUUCCAUAAACAUCUGAGGAUUUAAGUGAUUUAAAAGAAUUCGCUGCCUCCUAUAAACUGUGGUGACUCAUAACUGGGCCGUGUGACUCAGGUGAAUGGAGAGUUCUGCUGAGACAGUUCCUCCUUUUUGUUCUGAUUUUGAACUUAAAAAUCUAUGAAAGAGUGAUUCACUUUGCUAUAAACAUGUUUAUCCUGAAUCUAUGUCUUUAGAUAAAAGACACAGACACAUCCAAUACUUGCCUCUUACCUCAGGGGUAUCGGGUUAAUCAUUCAUCUCCACCCACACUAAUUUGUGGCACAACAUUUUAGAAGAUAACACAGAUUCUGAGUGUCCUGAAUGUCUCAAAGCUUUUUGAUCCGGUGUCUAUUAAAUAUUGAACAAAAGGUUGCAGUUAUGUUAAAUGAACUGCUGUCAUAUUCUCUGUAUUUAUACAGUUUUCUGUAUCACCUUAUCCUUCCCUGCUCGGUUCCAGAGCAGGUGCCUGCCAACAGUGUCGACCGCCAGCAGUAUCUGGGCCGCUGGUAUUUUAAAGCAGCAGUCAGUCAAAGACAGGCAGACAUCCAGAACUUUAGAGCCCUGGACAACAUUUUGUUCAUCAUGGAGGAGAUAGACGACAGCACACUAUUGCUGACCGGACACAUACGCAUAGGAGACAACUGCUUAAAACAGAACUGGACCUAUUACCUACAUCCAGAAAAGCGUGAUUUGGAACUGGAAGGAAGGCCAAAGUGGAGGAGUCUGCUCUGGAACGGUCAGUGGGCCAACUGUGCCAACUGCAUAAUUCUGCAGGAAAUAGCACCGUCUUCAAACAGUACAGUCAGAGGUGACUCCAUCAACAGAUACAUGCUGUAUGCUAGAAAGGAUGAUGUGGACCCUGAGGUAGUGACAACAUUUGUGAGAAAUGCAGCGUGUCUUAAAAUGACAGCAUCUGUGAUACCACCUCAGGAAAGAGAGGUCUGUAUCUAAUCCUUGACGAUGCUGUGGCUUUGGGCAUCCAGAUCAACAUGUAUUUCCUGGUUCCCUGAACUGUGAACAUGCAAGGUUUUCCCUUGAAAAUAAAUACUCUUGCAAGGAAACGGCAA